AUGGGCGCGGGGGGGGACUGGGGCCUUCCGGGGAGCAGCAGGGCCUCCAGGGGCGGCUGGGGCGGAGGAUCGAGGACCCCGGGCCGCCGAGCGCGCCCUCACCCGCCGAAUGUCCCCGCGCGCCUUUCAGAUUCGGAAGAUGUUUCCUCCAGCGAUCGAAAAAUGUCCAAGUCGGCGUUAACCCAGACCAAGAAGCGGAAGAAGCGGCGGCACAGGACCAUCUUUACCUCCUACCAGCUAGAGGAGCUGGAGAAGGCGUUCAACGAGGCCCACUACCCCGAUGUCUACGCCCGGGAGAUGCUGGCCAUGAAGACAGAGCUGCCGGAGGACAGGAUACAGGUCUGGUUCCAAAACCGCAGAGCCAAGUGGAGGAAGCGGGAGAAGUGCUGGGGCCGGAGCAGCGUCAUGGCCGAGUACGGGCUCUACGGCGCCAUGGUGCGUCACUCCAUUCCCCUGCCCGAGUCCAUCCUCAAGUCUGCCAAGGACGGCAUCAUGGACUCCUGUGCCCCGUGGCUACUGGGGAUGCACAAAAAGUCGCUGGAGGCGGCAGCGGAGUCGGGAAGGAAGCCCGAGGCAGAACGCCAGGCCCUGCCCAAGCUUGACACCGCGGAGCAGGAGGAGCGGGGCCCCGACGCCCAGGCCGCCCUGUCCCAGGAGGAGCUGAGGGAGCAUAGCAUCGCGGCGCUCCGGGCCAAAGCCCAGGAGCACAGCACCAAGGUGCUGGGGACUGUGUCUGGGCCGGACAGCCUGGCCCGGGGUGCCGACAGGCCGGCGGAGGAGGAGGUCACGGACGAGGACAGGCCGGUGGAGAGGCUGAGUCCCUCGCAGCUAGAGGACAUGGCUUAGGUCGGGGUGCCGGACUCCGGAGCCCCCGGACUCUGCUUUCCCUGGGGCCUGAGGUGCGGGGAGCUGCUCUCCAAGGCCAGGCCUCCGCUGUCCUUCCUCUCCCCCAGCCCCCAUCGCCCUGCGACAGCAGGCGCAGCUUGGUGCUGGCCUGGCUGGACCAAGCUGCAGUGUCCCGACUUGGUCUUGACCUCUGUGAAGUCCUCGUCCCAGCAGCCCCACCUCGAUGCCUCCUUGCUGCCCACACUGACCCCCAAGCCCCUCUCAUUCAAGCCCUUGGCAGCGCUCACUGUCCACGGCCACCCUCACCUUCUGUCCUCUGCUCUGAAAAGCCUCCUUCCUAGCUCUUCACUCCCCGUGGGCCCCAUUCCACCCGUGCCUAAAACCCACGGCUGCAAGCCCACGGCUGCCAGCACACUGCAGCUGUGAUGCCGAAGGAGGACCAGACUCUGGCUCCGGCGGCCUCAGCAGAAGCCCUCCCCCAUCCCAGCCCGGCCCGUCCUGCAGCCCCGGGCCAGCUCUGCCGUGUGAGCAGCCAUCCUGUGGCCACGCACAGACUCUGCCUGCCUGUCAGCGGGCACUUGGGAAGUCUCAGCCUAAGCUCUUGCUCCCCUCAUCUCCUGCCCUGCCGUGGUCAUCCUCGGGAUGUCCCCAGGUCCUCCCAGCACAGGCGUCUACACAGGCGGGGUGCAGUGCCUCAGGGAGUCUCGGUCCUGUGCCCACAGGAGAGGUGCCUCUCACAAAUGCUGUGGCCCUAGCACUGUUGGGGAGUCCAAGCCCUCCAGGGGCGCCCUCGGGCUCCUGCUAGGGUUGCCUGUGACCUUGACCUGCAGUGAAGGCACCUUCCCCAGAGCGCCUCACAAAUGAUAAGUUCGCAUGCGCCCUGCCUUGGAGCAGCCCUGUCCAGCUGUCUGAUGGCACUGAGGAAGCCACAGGCCUGGCCCCCACUUGAUGCGGGCAGUCGCUGAGAAGCUGAGCCUGGUGUGGGCCUGGGGCUGGCCAGAAAGGCUGCAGGGGGUCGGGAAAGGCUGGCAGGAGGCCAGAGCCCCCCCAAGCUAAGCUGCAGGCACGCAUCUCCAUGCCGGUGUAUGCCAGAAGCAUGUCCACUAGAAGAAGAUGGUGGCACAAGGGACGUGGCCUCUGCAGCUUCCCUUUUACCCUGGCUUCUACCAUUUGCUUGGUAAUGGGGGCACAUAGCCUUGUUGAGCCCACCGGACCCUGAUUCCCAGGCAGGCACCAGAUCUGCACCCCCCUGGUAUUCCCUCUGACCCUAAUCCCCUCUGCAGGGAAUACUUCGCCAGAGAAAGGCCUGAGACAGUGGGCUGUGAUUUUAAUUCCAUAUCAGAAGUUGAUUUCUUCUCAUUCCAUUCCUGGAACUUCUCCAGUUUUUCUCGUCUCUGUCCCCAUUGGUUUGAAGUGUUAGACUGUAGCCCUUGGUUGUAAAUAAUGUACAUAGAGUGGGAAGAGACUUGAUAUUGAGGUGUUUGAAAUACGGAACUGUAAUCACUUCUAGGUGUUCUAAACCUGUGAUUUCUGUGCCAUUUUCUGUAAAAAUACGAGUAAGAAUAAAAUUGAUGUAAAAAUAGUGGGG